GCAGGGCGGAAAAGACAGAUUUACUUUGUUUCUAGGCAUGCGGUUGCUUCGUUUGUCUACUCACGCGUUGUGACGCGAUAGAUGGUCGCACUUUGGUUUCUGCUCAAUUGGCAUGGGGUUUGCACCCUUUCAUGACGCCUAUUGUUGCUGCUGUUGGGCAAACGAAUUUGCUACAUAGGAACUAUUUGGCGCUUAAUCCAUCUGGUUCAAGAUGUAUACCUCGAUACCCCUUCUCGCCGUUUUGGCACAACAUGUUUUGGCACAACAAAUGUUGCGCUACCAAUGCUCCCAGCUUUCCAUCGAACGCCUAGACCCAAUCUUCAGUCCUGGCGUCGCGCAAAGCCCAUACCUUCACCAAAUCGUCGGUGGCAACUCUUUCGAUGCCACGAUGCCUCCAGGGGCAUUCGACCCAGCGCAGCGGUCCACUUGUACGACGUGCUCUUUCAGCGAAGACUUUUCUAAUUAUUGGACGGCGAAUCUCUUUUUCAGGUCGAGAAAUGGAACUUUCAAGCGAGUGCCGCAGAUGUCAAACGUGGGCACGAGGGGAGGUGGCAUGACGGUGUACUAUAUCCCGCCGUACGACGGGAGGACCAAGGUCACAGCCUUUAAGCCUGGUUUUCGCAUGCUCGCUGGCGACCCGAACCUGCGCGAAGCACGUGGUCAGCAGCAGCAGAUCUGCCAUCGAUGCCUCGAUAACCUGGAGCAGAACCCGUUUGGCGGCGCACCCUGUACAGGCCAUGACACAGCUGCUUUGCCCAGAGGGUUCUGCAAUGGCGGCAUCCGGUCAACCAUAACUUUCCCAACAUGCUGGGAUGGCAAGAGCGUCGAUAGUUAUGAUCACAAAAGUCACGUUGCGUACCCAUCGAGCGGGACCUUUGAGUCGACGGGUCCUUGUCCAGCCUCGCAUCCUGUGAGACUGCCUCAGGUCAUGUACGAGGUCAUAUGGGAUACGAGGGAAUUCAACAAGAAGGAUAUGUGGCCUGAGGAUGGGAGCCAGCCGUUUGUGUACUCGUUUGGAGACAGUGUCGGCUAUGGGCAGCAUGGCGAUUUCCUCUUUGGCUGGAAGGGCAAUGCUCUUCAGAGAGCCCUAGAUGCGCGCUGCCACAUGGACAAGUGUCCGCAGCUCAAGUGGCAGAUGCCCGAGGUUGGUGUCCAGUGCAAGAAGUCACAGAGUGUGUUUGAAGACACUGAGGGAUGGCUGAGGUCUCUGCCUGGAGGCAUUCAAGUCGACUGAAGGAGUUCGUACUAUGUAACACUGUCGAUAUCGAGGAUUUCCAAGUCCGGUAUGGACAUUUUGUCGUUUUACAGCUUGAACUAAGAUAGCAAUGCUAUUCAUCAACAGGUACUUACCUAGUUGAAUAUUUACCCAUGUCCCUUGUCA